GUAAAAAGUAAAUUGUACCAGAAGUCAGAAGUCGCGAAAUGGCUCCAGAUCCGCAUAGUAUAAAAUUGCUCAAAACAGAGCAUCUGGGUGGAACAGCUUAUGACUUCCAGUUCCAUAUUGAUAAAAACAAUUUAGAUUUUUUUAUCCGUGAACAAGUAUUUGAUGCCCAUGGGUUGGCACAGUUGAAGUUCUCUACAAAAAAAAUAAAUGCAUACUGCAAAUACCUUUGUUUGUCUGUCAUGAAACAUGAAAUGGCUAUGAUGGUAAACAUUGAAAUGACAUUACACUGUGAGAAUCCAAGAUUCAAUUUCACACUAAAUUGUGAUAAUACAUGGUCUAAGGAUGUACAGCUAUUCCUAAUAGAUGAUGAUGAUGAGAAUGAGUUUAUAACAUUUAAUAUAGAAAUUAACAUCAAAGUCAAAAAAUGCAAGCCAGUAUUAGAUCUUAUAUAUUUAGAUGAUGAUUUUACUGAUUUCCAAUUGAGUACAGCUGAAGGAAGUGUUUCAGUGCAUAAAGCAAUCCUCGCUGCACACAGCGAUGUAUUCAGGAGAAUGCUCUCUGGGGAAUGGAAAGAGACAUCUGCUGGAUGCAUUGAAAUAAAAGGAGUCACCCUCAAGACCUUGCAAAGCCUUAAGCAGUACAUGUAUUUAGGCUCUCUGCCCGAGGAUGAUCUGCGCCCACUCCUGCUCAUUGCUACAUACUAUUUUAUUGAUGACCUAAAAGCGGAAUGCACUCUUAAGAUAGCUCAUUCAAUCACUUCAGAAAACCUUUAUGAUCUUUUGGAAUUUUCAUAUGUUAACAAUUUGCCAGAGUUGACAUUUGCCAUUCUCAGAACUGUAAAAGCACAGCCAAGGGAUGUAAUUGAAGUUGCUUAUAAAAGAAUGAUGAAACCCCAGAAGUGUGAGGAUCUGGAAGGAAAAAAUGAGAAAAAUUGUAAAGAGCCAAAAAAAGAAGAAUGAAUGUAGGUACUGUUCGACCAAGAAUAAAAUAUCAAUCUGAUGAAGUGAUGUGAUUAAGGCAAUAGCAUAUCUUCUUAAAAUAAGUUAUAUUUAUGUAUACAUUACAGUACUGAUUAAAUUGUUUAUAUUUUAUA